AUGUUGCAUGAAGCCAGGGACAGGCAGAAGUUUGUCAGUGAUGUUCAGUAUCUACGAGACAUGCAGCAUAAGGUGGACUCCGAAUAUCAGGCUUGUUUGAGACGACAGGAUCACAGAAAAGACCCAAAUGAGAAGAAACGAGAUCACUUUUGGGGGCUGGAGUCAAGUUCUGAGAGAUCCCGCUUCUCAAGCGGGUCAUCUAAACAGAGUUCUAAUGAAGAAGAACCUCAAAUUGAACCAAGAUUACCAGUCAAGACAAGUUUAAGUAAGUGCGAUUCCAGACUUCCAGCAAUUGACCAAACAUCAGUCAAGCAGAAACACAAAAGUACCAUGACCAUGACCCUAAGACAGACAGACAAAGUGGUCCCCACCCAGACGGACAAAGCAAUUUUGCCCCUUUCAGCAGCCCAGGCACCAAAGAUUUUGUCAAAGAAGAGGAGGCCAAACCUAGAGAGACUGACAAUCAGCCCAGAAUUGCACAGCCCAAGAGCGUCUGGGGACAAAAGCAGACAGAAACCACAGUUGCCGGCAAAGGCGCCAGCUCUCAGGGGAGCAGAUCCAGUAGUUCAACAAGAAGGACCCAUGUGGACAGGUGACACUAAGCUGAAGAGGCCACCUCGAGAGAGAAGAAACUUAGUCCCAUCCUCACAGCUGAUGAUGACUGACAACCCUCCUGAGAGAGCCAGUAAAAAAGACCUGAGUCCUCUUUCCCAGAGCGAGACACAUGCUGCCCUGUCCCAGGCCUUCCAAGGAAUAAAUAGUCCUCAAGUGCUAAGCAAGUCCUUGGGGCCACCACUCACACCCACCACCGUGGGAGGGCCAAGAAGGGCACCGUUUAGGUUCAGAGAUGAAGAUUUUUAUUCCGUGUUAUCAUUAAACCCUGGGAGAGAAAAUUAUGACACUGAAGAGGAAACCCACUUGGAAGAAGAGCUGCUGGUGGUUGGCAUGCAGUCACCCCACUCUCCUUCCAAUCCUGUAAGAAGUAGAUUUGGGGGGACAUCAGCCACUCAGGCCAAAAAUAAAACUUUUGAAGAAAGUGCUGAAAAAAAUGGCAGAGAUAAUUCUCUAAGAAGAUGUGAGCCCAAUAAUGGUUCAUUAAGAAUAGGCAAUGCCACAGAGCCAGUGACAAAGCCGCCUUCUGUCGGGCAAAAGUUGUUCCAAGACUCCGAGCUGCUUCACAGGGAGUCUGCUAAAGAGAACGACAGCAGCGGCAGUGAAAAUAAGACUCUUCCUUCAUGGGACCCCCAAUCCAAACCCAGACAAGAUGAUGGUCUCAAUGCUGAGAAUCUAUCUAGUGAUUGUAUUUCUAUGGAAGAUAGGGCUGGUGCCCAUGAUUAUGAAAGAGAUUGGCAAGACUAUUUAAACAGUUCUAGAAAUUCUCUUGACUGCUUUCUUUCUAGUAGACCAAUAGCUCCAAGAUCAUCCAUGAAUUCAUUUAACACUCCUGUGUCAUUAACACAUGUUCCUCUGAGAAAUGAUAUUCCAGGAGACUUGUCAAUGUCAUCGACUUUGGUUCAUAGCUCAGACUCAGAGGGAAACCCAAGGUUUAAUAUUCGCCGACCACUUUCCCCCAUUAGAAACAGGAAUUCACUUGCCAAUACUGAAAACCACAAUUAUUUUCCAGUAAAUAGUACACCUGAAUUUGAUGUCAGGGGAGCAGAAGACAUUACUUUAAGAAGCCGACUUCAGAGGGCUCCGCUAUACCCAGAUGACUUUUUACUAACUCCACAAAGCAGCUUGUCCUUAGUGAAUUCUUCCAACUCCUCUCCACCAGGAAUGAGCAUACAAGCCCAUUUUCAUGUGCCUGGGUCCCUGCAAGAAAAUAUACCAUUUACUUUCUUUGCCGUGUCAGAUUUCCCAAAUCAAAAUGAUCAUGAGAACAUAAUGGCAUCCUUUGGUUACCCAGAUGGACAAGAGACCACUAAGAUAAAGACAGACCCUGUGAAACUUAAGAAAUUGCAAGAAAGUCUCCUGGAGGAGGACUCCGAGGAGGAAGGAGACUUGUGUCGCAUCUGUCAGAUAGCCGGGGGUUCCCCAAGCAACCCCCUCCUGGAGCCCUGCGGCUGUGUGGGAAGCCUGAAGUUUGUUCAUCAAGAGUGCCUGAAAAAGUGGCUGAAAGUGAAAAUAACAUCAGGAGCAGAUCUUGGCACCGUGAAGACCUGUGAGAUGUGUAAACAAAGCCUGCUGAUCGACCUGGACGACUUUAACAUGACUGACUUCUACCAGAAGCAUCAGCAAUCCCAGGCACAAAAUGAGCUGAUGAACUCAGGCUUGUACCUGGUACUGCUACUUCACCUCUAUGAGCAGAGGUUUGCAGAAUUCACGAGACUCAACUACAGCUGGUUCGCAAGAGAGAGGUUGUCAAGAAAUUACCCACAGCCCAGAUCAGAAGAAAAUGAAAGUUCUGAGUUGGGAGAUGGAAAUGAAAGCAGUAUUUCUCAAAGCCGGGUCGUCUAG